GGUGGAUACCUAUACUGAGACCUAUAUUACUACCCAGGAAGUCAGACUACUACAAACUGCACAGUCAAACAUCAGGACAUCACUGUCCCUCCAGAGUGGGAAUCUGUUGCAUUAUAUCACAGCAAGCCUGAACUUAAGGAUCAACUAAGAAGGGUCAGUACACGCAGCCACAUCUUAAAUUCUGGAAGAGAACAUACAAUGAAUUCCCACAGUGAACAAGUGAACAGUAUAUUGUCUCUGUUUGUACUCAGUGAUGAAAAACUCCAGAAAAUAGUUUCUCUGAUGCUAGAAAACAUGGAGAAAGGACUCAGAAAACAGAAACACACCACAUCCACAUUGAAGAUGUUGCCUACUUUUGUUCACUCAACUCUUGAUGGGACAGAAAGAGGAGAUUUUCUGGCACUGGAUCUACGGGGGACAAAAUUCCGUGUGCUCCAAGUCAAGUUAACAGAUGAUGACAGUUACAAAGUACAGAGUGAAAGCUUUGAGAUUCCAGAGGACAUUAUGACUGGCACAGGGAUACAGCUAUUCGAUUACUUUGCCAAACAUCUAUCCAGUUUUCUAGACAAACAACAACUCAAAGACAAAAAAUUGCCCCUAGGCUUUACAUUUCCUUUCCCCUGCAAACAGAUUGACCUGGACAAGAGUGUGUUGCUGACAUGGACCAAAGGGUUCAAGUGCUCUGGAGUAGAAGGAGAAGAUGUGGUGCAAAUGCUCAGAGAUGCUAUACACAGACAACUGGACUGUGAUGUUAAUGUCAUUGCUGUGGUGAAUGACACCGUGGGUACUAUGAUGAGCUGUGGAUAUAAAGAUCGUGCAUGUGAAAUUGGACUGGUUGUUGGUACUGGUACCAAUGCUUGUUACAUGGAAGAAAUGGGGAACAUUGAACAGAUUGAGGGGGAUGAGGGUCGGAUGUGUGUAAUCAUGGAAUGGGGAGCAUUUGGGGACGAUGGCUGUCUGCGUGACAUCCAGACAGAGUUUGACCUUGAACUUGAUCGCCACUCUCGCAACCCAGGCAGACAGACAUUUGAGAAGAAGAUAAGUGGCAUGUACAUGGGUGAAAUUGUUCGUCUCAUUGUCGUCAAACUGGCUAGCCUACAUCUACUAUUUAAUGGUGUUACAAGCCCUGCUCUCUUGAAGUCUGGGACGUUUGAAACCAAUUAUAUUUCAGAAAUUGAAGAUGAAAAAGUUGGACUGACCAAAGCUAAAGAGAUUCUGCUCAGUUUUAACUUGAAUCCUAGCGAACAAGACUGUGUCAUUGUUCAGAAGAUCUGUAACAAUGUAUCAACACGUUCUGCAAACCUUUGUGCUGCUGGCCUUGCUGCUGUUGUAACCAGGAUCCAGCGUAAUCGACACCUGAAGCAUUUACAGACCACUGUCGGGGUUGAUGGCACAGUAUAUAGAAAGCACCCAAAGUUCAGUGGGAGAUUACAGGCCACUCUGAAACAACUAACUUCCAACUGUGAUGUUCAAUUUAUGCUUUCUGAAGAUGGCACUGGUAAAGGUACAGCGAUGGUAACUGCUGUGGCUCGCCGUUUGUUUGCACAGCGCCAACAGAUAAAUGAAACUAUGGCCCCAUUUUGCCUUUCUCGGAAACAGCUGGUCCAGGUCCAGCAGAGGCUGAGACUAGAGAUGCUUCGGGGGUUGGAGAAAGAGACUCAGUCCACUGCCACAGUGAAGAUGUUACCCACUUAUGUUAGGGGGACUCCAGAUGGUACAGAGAGAGGUCACUUCUUGGCGCUGGACCUUGGAGGCACUAACUUUAGGGUAUUAUUGGUAAACGUGAACAGCAGAGAGGAAGGUGGUGUGAAGAUGGUGAAUCAGAUUUACUCCAUUCCAGAAAGCUUGAUGCAAGGCUCUGGGACCAAGCUCUUUGACCACAUUGUAGACUGCAUUAUAGACUUCGUGAAAAAGCAAGGGAAGAUGGGAUGCCGACUGCCUUUGGGCUUCACAUUCUCUUUCCCAUGUAGGCAGACAGGACUGGACAAGGGCAUCCUGAUAACCUGGACAAAAGGGUUCAAUGCAACAGAGUGUGAGGGGAAAGAUGUGGUGAUGCUUCUUCGUGAGGCCAUUAAACGAAAACAGGGUGUUGAACUGGAUGUCGUUGCCAUUGUGAAUGACACUGUGGGGACCAUGAUGUCUUGUGCAUAUAAUGACAGUAAUUGUGAAAUUGGCCUUAUUGUUGGAACUGGAAGCAAUGCCUGUUACAUGGAAGAAAUGUCCAAUAUCAAGAACGUGGAGGGAGACAUUGGACAGAUGUGUAUCAACAUGGAGUGGGGAGCCUUUGGAGACAAUGGGUGUCUUGAUGUCUUUGUGACACAGUACGAUCAGAUAGUUGAUAAAGCUUCAAUCAAUCCUGGGAAGCAGAGGUAUGAGAAGAUGAUGAGUGGAAUGUACUUGGGAGAGAUUGUGCGCAACAUACUGAUUGAUCUGACAAAACAGGGCAUUGUCUUCCGAGGACAGAUCUCUGAGCGUCUAAACACAAAAGGCAUCUUUGAAACCAAGUUCUUAUCUGAAAUUGAAAGUGAUAGCCUGGUCCUGCUUCAGGUUCGUGCUAUUUUACAAAAGCUUGGUUUGGAUGUGACAUGUGAUGAUACCUUGAUUGUGAAGGAAGUCUGCACUAUUGUUUCACGAAGGGCUGCUCAGCUGUGUGGGGCUGGAAUUGCUGCGGUAGUGGAGAAGAUACGAGAAAACCGUAGGCUGAAUCAUCUUGCCAUUACAGUAGGAGUUGAUGGAACACUGUACAAACUGCAUCCACAUUUUUCCAAAAUUGUUCAUGAAACAGUAGCAGAACUUGCACCCUGUUGUGAUGUUACGUUCCACCAGUCUGAAGAUGGAUCUGGGAAAGGUGCUGCCUUGAUUACUGCUGUAGCAUGCCGACUAAGAGAGACUGGACAACAUUAAAGAAGAAUGGCUGAAGAUAACCAUUUUUUCAUAGAGAACAUUGGGCUGUGCAAUGCAUUGAUUUUGUUUUUCACAAUAUUCAAAAUAUCAUGCAAUCACAUACUGCAAACUUUGAAUUCUUUCCUCUGAUAGUGGGCAAUGACUACUUGGCCUUUUUUUAUAUGGAAGGGAACUAACAUCUUGUUUUCUUACAAUGAAUGCCACUUCAUAAGUGUCUCAGUAUUACAUCAGGCUUCUUUGCUCAUCUUUCUGUUUACUUGCUUGCCUUCUACUGUAAAUAGCUUGUGAGUCCCUUUCCACAUUCUGCUUCCCUUUUAGUUCUGCACUCAUUUUCUUGAUUUUCCUUCCCAGAUAACUACAAAAAUCCUUUUUCUUGUAUUGACUUUAAACUGCUGUGUUUUAAAUCACUUCAGUUUUGACCUGCUUCUACCUUGAUUUCAAUGCCUGUCAUAUUACAUAAUUGCACUUUCAGCAGAGAGUCAAGCUCUUCCUUCGCAUCCUUCUGUGAUGUCACUUGUUAAGGCACUGUAAAGGACUGGCUGCAGAACCGGUCCAUGAACUACCCUGUUGUCAUCACCCUUUCAUUAUACUGACAUCCAUUCAGUAUAGUGAAGUCCAUUCAUUGUUAUGCUCUAUAACUUUUACCCUAGCCAAUGCUUUUACCUAAGAUAUCACCCCAGAAAUUAUUACAAGUUUCCCUUACUUGUUUUCUGUCCUAUUUUUGUGGUGCUGUGUGAUGUCCUAGUCAUCUUUAUGAUGCAGUGUCUGCACCCACAUCCUCACUUAAAAGCCUGCUUACCCAAAGAAAUCUAUUUGACAUGACUGGCUUGACUGUUUUUUUUUUUUUCAGUGAAUUCGUAGAUCACAGUGACAGACAUACAGGUUCUGUCCUUGAUUCUGAUCCCAGUUUUCUGAAGGGAAGUCACAUGACUUAUUUCCAUUGCUCAGGAUCUUCAUCCCCGUCUUGGGAUUUGUUUAAAAAGCUGGUUAGUUGUUAUUAUAAAGGACUGUAAUUUAUGUCCCAAAGAAGAAUGAAGAGAGUGGGUAUUUGCAGGAUAUGACAAAGUAAACUUUAUUUUCUGAUUAUUCAAUAUUUUGAACUUGUUCAUAAAUCAGUAUCAAGGCUUCUAUACUGUUGUGACAUUACAUUCCAUCAGUCUGAAGACGGUUCAGGAAAGGGUACUGCCUUAAUUAUUGUAGUAUAUUCUAAGAAAGAUGUGAAAACAUUAAUGAAAACUACAAUAGUUACUAAUAGAAAAUGUUGUAAUCAGUUAUGAGACAGUUACUGCACUUUGUAUGUUUUAUGAAGAAUAUUUAUUUAUUCUCUGUCAAAUUCACUAAUGCCUUUAUAGGACAAAAGAUUGACAUGAGUGAUACACACAACUUGUGUAAAUAUGAUAAUGCCACUUAUUUGUUGGACAUAUGUAAACUAUGUGCUGCAGAAUGUUGAGAUACAGCUGUGUUAUUUGUUCUGUUUUUGCAUAGUAUCAAUCAUUGUUUCUGUUAAUGAUCAUAUUUUGUAUAAAACAUGGCUGAAAAGGUGCUCUUGAAUGUGUUACAUAAAGUGCCCAUGCAUGUA